AUAUACCCAUAGCCCGUGCAUAGUACAUAUGCCAUGUACCAACCUCCUCGCAUCCCCCCUGUCGGGACCUCUAGUAUCUAGGUACCUCCCAAGUACGUGACCUGGUAAUGCGCCUGCACGUGGAUGGGCGCGUCGCUGCGCCGAUACGCGUCAUACUUUGCAAAAUCUACACCACGCCAUCCUAUCUGCAUCUGUAGACGAAAUUAUACUCUACCGUCGUGCGAUUCACCCUGUCCCAUCUUCCUUAUCUUCCACUCCACUCGGGCCCCCAGGAUCGGUAGCCGUUGACGUCUUGCGGCCGACCUCAAGCUGUGCGGCAAUGUGUAGGUAUAGGUAUAUUGUCGAAUCACUCUAGAUACGGACUGAGGGAGAGACCUCCCGGUCAGGUUCUAUCCCGUCUACAUUUAGAUGGAGGAUUGGUUCGAGCAAGUCGGUAGGCGUGCCCUAUUCGACGCCCUAGGGAGAGCCUGUGAUCAGAUUAAUAACGAGCUGGGCAAUGGCUUCAAGUCGCAUAGAGAAGAGGCUGAGCGGCUCGCAGUCGAGCUUGAAAGCCUAAGGAGCAGGGUCUCCGCUGUGCACCAAUUGGAAGAAGAAAAUCGGUCGCUGAAGAGGGAACUGCAGAAUCUUAAAGACCUCCCCAUCAAGAAUGCGUUGAUCAGGGACUCCGAACCCCACGAUGUUGCUCGCAACCCUCGGACCCCUCUUGUUCCCCGGUCCGUCAACCAAGUCUCGAGUUCUAUGGCGUCGAUCAAGGCGAAGGGACCCAACGUCGACAAGCUCACGUUUUCUGAACUCAAACAAGAAUAUGAGAGACUAGACGAAAGCUACGCCAAAGUGCGUGGAAAAUUUGCCGAACUAGAAAAUGCGAAUACAGAAUUGACCCAACUGCUUCGAAAGAGAACCAAGGCCUAUAACCAGUGGAAAGAACACGCAACCAUACUGAGAGGAUACUACGAGAGGCGCAGCCGGAAGAUCAAGAAACUGGAAGCUCAAAUCGCAGCGGCCACCGAAACGACGUCUCCUAGCCGAUUAGAUGCGGGCGUCUCUUCCAGUAUGCCUGUGGAGUCGAUGACUAGGCCGCAAGGAGGUACGCCUGGCGUCACCGAACCUGAUAUUCCCCAAGAAUCGAGAAUGGCUGGACAAGGCUCUAUAUCGGGGGAAGAUACCCCGGGAUCACUGCAUGCGAGCACCGGCGAUGGUGACCGCGAAUCUUCGGCCGGUGUAGCUUCGCCACUUCCCAUCGAAGUAGACCAAAGGGUAGGGGCUUGUGGAAGGAGAGGAAUCAUGGCUGGCGUGGAGCAUCUUAUCGGCACUGAGGAACGGGAUGCGCCUUCAUUACCCCCCCUUCCCGGGAAACCGCAGGAGGCUUGGAACGAGGCACCUAUCAAAGGCGAGCCAUCGUCAGAUGCUCCGGUCAUCGUAUCGGAGCGUUGCUUGCGAAAGAGGAACCGUGGCGAUGACCAGACGGAGGAUACGCGAGCCUCGACAAAAAUCAAAGUAGAAGAUGGCUCUAGCCCACUGCCUACCGCUGGACGAUACUGUGUGGUACCUCGCGAUAGUAUUGAUUUUGACACAGACGGUGGUAGAGUGGAGACCCCGAGGAAGCCUAAUAAGGUGAAUUGCCGGUCGAAGGACGCGCCCCCCUUCCUGAGCCAAACAGACACCCCUCAGUCACAGGCUGAUCGCAGUGAUCUCACGAGUACAGAGGCUCGCCUGAUGCGAGGCGUAGCGAGAGUGCCUAGCUCUCCAGCACCUCCCCGAGGACUAAUAGAUGAGGAUUCUGGGGGCCACCUCAUUGGCGAAUGCGAGGUGACGGGUUCAUUAAAACGACGUGAUGCCCAGCCCUCGACCUCGACCCUCUUGGACCGUAAUCCUCGAGCCCAGCCGACGCUGGAAACCAAUAGCAUAACAAAGCAGAGGGCGUCUUCCUCUAGAUGGGCCAGCCUUGCUAGUCUCCCAGAGGAUGGAGAUCAGUAUCAGGGCCCAAGAACAUAUACCAAGAAGACAUCGAAGUCCGGUCGCCUUCAAAGGCUUCUCAACGGACUUCCCUCUGGACACGACGUUGCUAGCCCGCUCCCUAGUGCUCAACGGGGCCGCGGGCCUCCGUCAACGCCUUUCAAAUUUUCUGCCCCGCAGAGGCGCGAGCUCCCUUUCGGCAGGGAUGGUUCGAAAAAGGACAUACACUCCCGUAGCGCAGAAGCCGCGCCGAACAGUAGGGAGUCCCCCAAGGUCAUCAAUACGAAGCGGGCUCCUGACCCAAAAGAAACGGUCGGCACCCUGGGUUGCACUCCUCUUCGAGCGCGUCCAAUAUCGCAACUGUCUGUCGGCGACUUCAAGAUUAAUCCCCAUUCCAACGAAGGCUACGACUAUGCGUUCACCGACGUGGUUCGAAAUAAAGACGAGAGAGCCAGUCUAUCAGGAUGUAUAAAGGAGUCCUGCUGCGGCCAAACGUUUCGGCUCCAAGCGCGUGUCGAGCGCGACAAGGCCAGCCCGUCGGAAUUCCAAGUGCUGCUGGAGGCGUACCUGGGAGACGAAGCCUGGAAAUUAUCGACCAUGACCCGGCCGGAGAAGGAGAGCCUAUGGCUCGAAGCCAAGGCGCAGGCACUCGCCGACGAGCACGGCAAACAUCGUCAUAGGUUCCAACGGGCGCCGUCGCCCGAAGGCUUCUGGCGAACAGAUUUCCCCAAUACGCAAGAACAGCUGAGGGAUAAAGAAGGGGCAGCUCGGAUGGCACAGCAGAUCGUCGAAGAGAGAUAUCGGGAGGCCAUGCGGCCUGGCGGGAGAUGGAUGUUCAGGGACGAAUAAGCUUGCUUUCGCACGUCGUCGUCGGCGUGGCAGGGGUAUAGAGAGGACAACGCUAUGGGUUCUGUAAGCAUGAGCGGCUAGUAUCAUUAUGCGCGUGGCAUGGACUUAGGUAGAGAGGAGGUGGUCAUCAAGGGCAUCCGUCUGCUUGCUCAAGAGCCACAGGUAUGUAGGUAUAGAGACAGCCAGGUCGCCCUCCGCGGGCACUGCCUCUCGCCUCUCUCAACUAGAGGGCAGGUGUUAGGGGCUAUCUUCGCAUCCGGUUAGGCUUCAGCGAUGUGAAGAAAAUGGAGCUGCCUUUCGAACCACAUCCCUAUCGUCCCGUCCUGUCGUGGAAUUGGUAGAAUCAUGCAAUCGUCCUCUCUCCUGUGGAACUCUCGCCGUAGCUCUUCUUGCCCCUAUACCAUGUAGGUGUCCUGGGGAUCAGGAUAACGUCGUCGUGGGUGCGGCUACGAGGGUAGAUUGGCAGGUAGGUACCUAGCCUUGUCGCGGUGUAAGCGGUAUAGGAGGUGCAUAUCCACGGGUAGGCUACUGAGGCCAGGGGGGUUACGAGAUCCUCAC